UAGAGAUUCUCCCCAUACAAUGUUGCUUUGGUGACGCGCCUGGGCUGUUGGACAUUUGACUCGUUAAAUGCGUCAAAGGCUGCAGAGCGGAGCUCCGUUAGUUUCAGGCGAGGCGGCUCUUGGCGCAACGAGAAGUCAGCGUGAGUCAUACGUGGGGACUGGCGUCAGUGCUGCAGAUUUCCACGUUCCACGUGCCAAUUGCCGCAUCAUCCCAGCGACGUCGUAGGGGGCGGGUGAUUACCCGGGACGGCCCUGUCCUGCCUUCCCUUUCUGGAGAGCAUCUGUUUAGCUCCACUAGAAAAGAGGGAGGAGUGGGGCACUGCCAGCCCACUUCUUUGGCUUAGCCUAUCUUAGUCUUGGCCCGAAGGGGGGGGGGACGACGACGACGUUGCAGAUGACCUCUUUUAAUCAAGUAUCACUACUGUUGCAAAGAUGGCUGUGCUAAGUUCGUUUCCGCCUGAACUGGAGCGACUGCUGGAGAAAGAUCCCUACUUGACUCCUUUUGAGCAAGACUUCCAGCGCAGGUAUGGUGUAUUUCAUCGCAUAUUAAAGAAGAUUGAAGAAAAUGAAGAGGGUCUCGACAAAUUCACAAAGAGUUACCAAACAUUUGGAAUCAACAGACUCAUAGAUGGAGGAUUAUACUGUAAAGAAUGGGCUCCUGGUGCAGAAGCAGUAUUUCUUACUGGUGAUUUUAAUAACUGGAAUCCAUUUUCCCAUCCAUAUAAGAAAAUGGAUUUUGGGAAAUGGGAAUUGUUCAUCCCACCUGGACCAGAUGGGUUUCACCCUAUAUCUCAUGGAUCCAAACUGAAGUUGGUGAUAAGAACCAAAACUGGAGAGAUCCUUUAUCGCAUUUCUCCUUGGGCUAGAUAUGUAGCUCGUGAAGGUACCAAUGUGAAUUAUGAUUGGAUACACUGGGAGCCAUCAACUCCAUAUAAAUGGAAACAUCCCAUUCCUAAGAAACCCAAAAGUGUAAGAAUCUAUGAAUCACAUGUGGGAAUUGCUUCCCCUGAAGGGAAAAUAGCUUCAUAUAAAAACUUUACAUACAACGUGCUUCCAAAAAUCAAAGAUCUUGGAUACAACUGUAUUCAGUUGAUGGCUGUGAUGGAACAUGCUUACUAUGCAAGUUUUGGUUAUCAGAUCACAAGUUUUUUUGCGGCAUCAAGUCGAUACGGCCCUCCAGAUGACUUGAAGGAACUGAUUGAUGUUGCCCACUCAUUGGGAAUCACAGUUCUAUUAGAUGUUGUGCACAGUCAUGCAUCAAAGAAUUCUGAAGAUGGCCUGAACAAUUUUGAUGGUACUGAUUCUGCAUUUUUCCAUUCUGGUGCUAGAGGAACACACAUUCUUUGGGAUAGCCGACUUUUUGACUAUGCAAGCUGGGAAGUUCUGAGAUUUCUUCUCUCCAAUUUAAGAUGGUGGAUAGAAGAGUAUGCCUUUGAUGGGUUUCGAUUUGAUGGUAUAUCAUCUAUGCUAUAUCACCAUCAUGGAAUUGGUGAAGGCUUUAGUGGAGAUUACAAUGAAUAUUUUGGUAUGCAUGUUGAUGAAGAUGCAGUGGCCUACCUAAUGAUGGCAAACUACAUGAUACAUAUUUUGCAUCCAGAAUGUAUAACUAUAGCAGAGGAGGUGUCUGGAAUGCCAGCACUUUGUUGUCCAAUAAUUGAAGGAGGAUGUGGAUUUGAUUAUCGGAUGGCCAUGGGAAUUCCUGACAAAUGGAUUCAGAUAAUUAAGGAGCGUAAGGAUGAGGAUUGGGACAUGGGAAAUAUUGUGUUUACUUUAACAAACAGGCGAUAUGGAGAGAAGUACAUUGCCUAUGCAGAGAGUCAUGAUCAGGCCCUUGUUGGUGAUAAGACUUUGGCUUUUUGGCUGAUGGAUGCAGAAAUGUAUAACUAUAUGAGUGUUCUGUCACCUUUCACACCAGUUAUUGAUCGAGGGAUACAGCUUCAUAAAAUGAUACGUCUCAUUACUCAUUCUCUUGGAGGAGAAGGCUACCUCAAUUUCAUGGGUAAUGAAUUUGGACAUCCAGAAUGGUUAGACUUUCCUAGACAAGGCAAUAAUGAAAGCUACCAUUAUGCAAGGAGACAGUUUAAUUUAUCUGAUGAUCACCUUCUUCGCUAUAGAUUCCUAAAUGUGUUUGACAGAGAUAUGAAUAAAUUGGAAGAAAAAUUUGGCUGGCUUGCAUCACUUCCGGCAUAUGUGAGUGAAAAGCAUGAAUUAAACAAAGUUAUUGCUUAUGAAAGGGCAAAUCUUCUAUUUAUAUUUAAUUUUCAUCCAUCUCAAAGUUAUACCGAUUAUCGAGUAGGUGUAGAAAAACCAGGAAAAUAUAAAAUUGCCUUGGAUUCUGAUGCUCCAGAGUAUGGAGGACAUAAUAGACUGGAUCAUACUACAGACUUUUUUUCUCAGCCAUAUUCACAUAAUCAUCGAUCUAAUUCUCUUUUGCAACCCAAUGCACUGAAUGAAAGUGAUGGCCAAAGCCGAGGACACCAGCACACACACUACUUGAAGGUAUACAUUCCAAGCAGAGUGGCAAUAGUGUUUCAAAACACGGAUAUUCAGAUGUAAAGGCUUGCAACUGGCUCCAUUACUUCGAAGGCCAAGUAAUAUUGGAUGAUAAUGGCAUCCAAAAUACUGGCGGGGGGGGUGUUUGCAUAAUGGUGUGUUCAUACUAAGAAAUUCAAAUAAGCAUUUAUUUAUUAAUAAUUACAAAUGUAUUAUAAAUUGUUUAUUUAAAGAGAUUACCUAUAAUGAUGGAAGAACAAAUGCAUUAUGAACAAUUUGUAUUAUAGAAGUGGAUUUCAGAAACAGUUUGUUCUCACAUAAAGAUUGAAGUAUGUUACAA